CAAAAAUAUGCAAACUGUAGUACUUAUUACCCAACACAUAAAAUUAAUUGUUGCAAAGAAAAUUACAUAUUACUUCAUAUUUUUACCAGCUUUCUUUUUGUCACAUAGAAAUCAGAUCACACAUUUUAAUGUCAUUAUUAUAAACAAAAAUAACUAAGCAUAGGAAUUAGAUAUGUUAUUAAUUGAAAUGUGGUGAUCAUUUCACAAUGUAUAUGGUAUAUCAAAACAUCAAGAAAUAUACCUUAUAUAUGUGCGCUCUUUUUAUAUAUCAAUGACAUCUCAAUAAAGCUGUUAAAAAUGAACAACAGCUUUAUGCACCAUGUUUGUGCAGUUAGUUGACUGUUCUAAAGGCUGGGUUAUAACAAGCGUAUGCCUACAUUUCCUCUACAUUCCUUCUUUAUUUUGGUUUGAUAACAUUACAUAGCCUGCUGAAUUUUCAGGUUAAAACUGAACAUUAGAUGACAUCUAAAGAGACAAUUUCCUGAGUCUCUCUCUCAGAAAAUGGUCACAGUUUAGCAUGACAAUUUUAUCUUUCCGCUUUCGAUAGUCUGGCCAGCAUCAAUCGUGUGUUGGAUGCUUCUCUGUCACCAGCUAAAAUGAUUUUUAUAACUCUCUCAAGGUAACAUAAGUGGGGGCUCGGUAUCAUAAAUGUCCAUGCUUUCACUUUCAGAGAUUAGUUCUGCAAUAAAUUCUGCUGACUGAUACGUUGUCCACGUUUUUGAAGUAAUCUUUGACAUAAAGAGAAAAUAAGCACCUGCCUACCACCUGGCUUUCCCCAACCAGCAUGUUCCACAUUUGGUUUACUUGCUUUCUUUUUUUUUUUUUUUUAACCUGAUAAUAUAAGAGAUGCACUAAGUAGCCAACAGGUUCACUAUUCUAUGGCUAUUGAAAGUUGGCACAGUUUCUGAAUAUCAAACUUCAGAAAUCAUUUAAAUCCAGUGUACAUUGUAUCAUUAGGUUAUGGAAAAUCUAGAGCCCUUAAUCUGAGUCCAAUUUCAUAGAUACAAAUCCUUCAUUGGUAAAUUUGUUAUUUUUUUUAAGAAAUGGAUUGUAUUGUUUGGGGAUGUUGACAAUUACCUCUGCAUGUCAUCCCACUCAGGAGCAAGUACCUAUUGACUUCCCUUAUGACUAUCUACUGGACGCAUUUAUUAAAAUCUUAUCCAGGGAAAACCACCAAGGAGGUUAGCAAAACAUGUUUUGUUUUCAAGUGUGUCCCUAGGAUACUCAUUGCUGGUGUCUCAGCUAAUGCUUCAGUAGCAAGCUGGCAAACAAACAUUUUAUUUUGUUGAACUAGAGGCAGUCAAAUAAACAGAGUUAUGCUUCUCUAGAGAAUGCCAUAAUGCUAAUUUCAAAAAUUAAACUAUAUGACCUCUUAACAGACCCAAAUUUUCUCUUUAUUUUUGAAUAACUAUUCCUUUACUUGUAUGCUUAUAGAUUCAUCAAUAUAGAAUGACUUUAAAUGUGUUCUUUUUAAUAAUUCUUUCAAGAACUGAAAUGAAAAAAGAAUUUGUGUAUGGACACAAUGCAAAGAUAAUCCUUCAUUUAAAUCAGAAGCUGAGUGAGAAAGGAUAUAUGAAGCAUAAUUUUUAACAUUGGUUUAUUAUUCUGAUGCUAUUGUUUCUAUUCAACUUUUAUUUCGGACUUCAGAUUUUGGAAAUUUCCAAAUUCUAAUUGACUUCUAACAUUUUCCAUAGGAGCAACUAAACGCUGAAAUAUGCAAUCCCUUCAAAAUUAAAAAUCAUCCAAUUCAAGUGCUUCCUUCAUUGUUUCUGUUGGUUUGUUUAGACAAAAUGAAACCCUAAGUCAAAUUUAAUCCCUCCACAUUUCACAUCAUUCAACCAAAAUAAAGAUUGUCAAAUAUAACUAUACUAGAGGCCCUUUGAAUUUCCAAGAAACACUACUUUAUCUUCUCAACCUCUUUGGCCUUUCUCGGGGCAGGAGAAGAAAAAAGGGGAAUGGUUAGAAACUAAGUAAUCUUUAUCAGAAGUUUACCAUGGGUUGGGAACAACUACACAGAUUUUCACUGAGUCUUUGCAGAGCCCCUCUGAUAUGUGCAUUACCUUCUAGAUUUUAAAGAGAAGUCUUUGAAGGAUCAGAGAAGUGGAAAAGCUUACACAGGUAUAGAGAAAAGUCAGAGCGAGGAUUUGAAUUCAUGUCUCCUGGUGUUUAGAGAGCCUGCACUCUCCAUUACACUGUAUCUCUUGGCCUUAAACCUUUUUCUUCCUUUAAACCUCCAAACAUGGAUGUUGUAGUUUUAUCAACUAAGCAGAAAAAAGUAAUACUGUUCUCUUACUGUUUGCAAUGAUUAAGGGUCUUAUAUAAUUCUUAAUACAUCUGCCAAGGGACCCUUGGAAUAGCCACUCAAUUUAGAUAAACUUCUACACUUGUUUACUUUAAAUGGGAAUGCUUGGUGUUCUUAAUGGGUGACUGUGGGUGACUUCGUGCUGAGAGAAAGUACUGAAGUUGUUUCAGCUGUCCACAUCAAUUUUGAACACAGCCAAUCAGGCCUGAAAUCCCUGUUAUCAAAAACUAUGUACACUACAAAUCGAUUUAAUAUAUUCUGGAGUAAUAAGAGGUGAGAAGUUCCUCUGUGUGUUAGUUUCCUGGCACAAGCAAAGGGGGUUGUAAAGGCAUUGCAGUUCCUAUUCAUCUUCACAAAUAUAAAUGCUGACCUCCCAGGGGAAGCUCCAUCUAAUAUAAACCCUCCAAUGCCUUGAGUACUUUGGGGUAAGACAUUAAAGGGCAUCACUCAAGCUAAAUCUCAUGGCUACCACCGGACUAUGGAUCACUGAUGAAUGAGCCAGCAGUUGAAUGUUUAGCAGGCUGUGACGACUUUGCACGGAAAUAUGAAAAUUUAUUACCGGCUUGCCACAUCAGCGCCUGUCCUGUCUGCUUUUUCUCCUUCCCUCCCGGUGUGUACUCCCACUCCAUCUGACAGUCAAACCCCUUCUCGCCCCCCAGUGUCCCCUCCCCCGCAGUGAAGUGAUGGUCUAAACUGUCACGGAGUCCUGGCCGUCAUUUUCCAAGAGAUCUGGUACUCAAGAUGCUGCUGUUGUGAUCGGGGCUUUUAUUUGUUGUUAUUAGUAGUAUUGAUUGCAUCGUUUUCCACAUGACCUUGCUGAGGGGGCUAAAGGGUGUCCGUUCUGUGUCUUGUAGGAUGUGUGCAGUCCCGAAAGUGUGUGCGAUGCGGGGGGAGCAUGGGAGAGAGAAGGAGGCAGAAGGGGAAGGGAGCGGAGAGAGCCAGAGAAGAGGAAGGAGGAGAGACAGGGAGAGCACAGCAUCAGGCAGACAGGCGCUGCCAGCCAAUCAGAGGCGCGCUCGGGAGCUGCAGAGACAGAGCCUCGGAGCCCGGGGCUGGAGGUGCGCUGAGCCUGAGUCUGGGCUUACCGAGGAGGACCGCGAGCAGCUGUGCCCAGAGCUCUGGGAAAGUCCCCUCUUUGCUUCUCAUAUAUUAAGUUCUUUUCCACCAGUUAGGGCAAGUCAGCCAAGGUUGAAAAUGGUUGCCUGUGUUCACCUACUGUGAAAACUUGGAUUCAUACAACUACAGCUUUGAUUCUCCAAGUGAUUCAGGAUGUAAAUGUGGUUUGACCUUUCCCUGAUGGGCAGUUAAAUCAUGGACAUGCGAAACAAUUUACUUUGGACUGUCCUUCCAAAAGAUGCUUUGGCUGCUCUCUUGAAUGCUCACUAAGCAUUUGUAGCUGACAAGGAAAAGAAGAAAAACUGUGAACUGGAAAGUUAUCUUACAAUGAAAAUUACGAGCACAUCUUGCAUCUGUCCAGUCCUAGUGUGUCUCUGUUUUGUGCAGAGGUGUCAUGGAACUGCUCACCACAGCUCUGUCAAGGUGACCAGAAACCAAACCAAACACACGGAAGGUGAAACCGAAGUCCACCAUCGUCCCAAAAGGGGAUGGGUAUGGAAUCAGUUCUUUGUUUUAGAAGAACACAUGGGACCAGAUCCUCAAUAUGUUGGAAAACUGCACUCCAAUUCUGACAAAGGUGAUGGGUCUGUCAAGUAUAUCCUUACUGGUGAAGGUGCCGGGACUAUAUUUAUCAUUGAUGAUACCACGGGUGACAUCCACUCAACAAAAAGCCUAGACAGAGAGCAGAAGACCCACUAUGUGCUUCAUGCCCAGGCUAUUGACAGACGGACAAACAAACCUCUUGAACCUGAAUCUGAGUUUAUCAUCAAAGUGCAAGACAUCAACGAUAAUGCUCCAAAGUUCACAGAUGGACCGUACAUCGUUACUGUGCCUGAAAUGUCAGAUAUGGGUACCUCUGUUCUACAGGUGACAGCUACUGAUGCAGAUGAUCCUACCUAUGGAAACAGCGCCCGGGUGGUUUACAGUAUUCUCCAGGGACAACCUUACUUCUCUGUAGAUCCUAAAACAGGAGUUAUUAGAACUGCCUUACAUAACAUGGACAGAGAAGCCAGAGAACACUACUCAGUGGUCAUUCAAGCCAAAGACAUGGCUGGGCAAGUUGGAGGGCUUUCGGGAUCUACAACGGUCAAUAUCACCUUGACUGAUGUCAACGACAAUCCACCACGGUUUCCUCAGAAGCACUACCAGCUGUACGUUCCUGAGUCAGCUCAAGUUGGUUCAGCUGUUGGGAAAAUCAAGGCAAAUGAUGCAGACACUGGCUCAAAUGCUGACAUGACAUACUCCAUCAUAAAUGGUGAUGGUGUUGGGAUAUUCUCCAUCUCCACGGACAAAGAGACUAGAGAAGGGAUCCUUUCUUUAAAGAAGCCACUGAACUAUGAGAAAAAGAAGUCAUAUACCCUCAACAUAGAAGGAGCAAAUACACAUCUUGACUUUCGCUUUUCUCACUUGGGUCCUUUUAAAGAUGCUACUAUGCUGAAGAUCAUUGUUGGGGAUGUAGAUGAACCACCACUAUUUUCCAUGCCUUCCUAUGUCAUGGAAGUCUAUGAAAAUGCCAAGAUCGGGACCAUCGUUGGUACAGUUUUGGCACAAGAUCCUGACAGUGCUAAUAGCUUAGUAAGAUACUUCAUCAACUAUAAUGCUGAAGAUGACAGAUUUUUCAACAUUGAUACCAACACUGGAACCAUUAAGACUACAAAGGUUCUUGACAGAGAAGAAACUCCUUGGUACAACAUCACAGUUGCUGCUUCAGAAGAUGAUAAUCCUAGUUUGCUGAGCCAUGUCACAGUGGGUAUUAGAGUUCUGGAUGUCAAUGACAAUCCACCCGAACUUGCCAGGGAAUAUGAUAUUGUUGUCUGUGAAAAUUCUAAGCCUGGCCAGGUUAUUCACACCAUCAGUGCCACUGAUAAAGAUGAUUUUGCCAAUGGACCAAGGUUUAACUUCUUUCUUGAUGAACACCUGCCAAUGAACCCAAACUUCACUCUUAAGGACAAUGAAGAUAACACAGCCAGCAUUCUGACAAGGCGGAGGCGAUUUAGUCGAACUGUUCAGGAUGUGUAUUAUCUGCCCAUUAUGAUCUCUGAUGGUGGAAUCCCCUCUCUCAGCAGCAGCAGCACCCUCACCAUCAGGGUUUGUGCAUGCGAGAGAGAUGGGCGCGUGCGGACCUGCCAUGCAGAAGCGUUCCUGUCCUCGGCUGGCUUGAGUACAGGAGCCUUAAUCGCUAUUCUUCUCUGUGUUGUCAUUCUCCUGGCAAUUGUGGUACUUUUUAUCACCCUGAGGCGCAGCAAGAAAGAGCCCUUGAUCAUUUCAGAGGAGGACGUGCGGGAGAACGUGGUCACCUACGAUGAUGAGGGAGGGGGAGAGGAAGACACUGAGGCCUUUGACAUCACAGCCUUGAGGAACCCAUCUGCUGCCGAGGAGCUCAAGUACCGGAGAGAUAUCAGACCUGAAGUGAAGCUCACUCCCAGACACCAGACACUGUCCACCCUGGAAAGUGUAGAUGUUCAGGAAUUUAUUAGGCAAAGACUAGCAGAAGCAGACCUGGACCCCAGCGUCCCCCCUUAUGACUCUCUUCAGACUUACGCCUAUGAGGGUCAGAGGUCAGAGGCUGGGUCCAUCAGCUCGCUGGAUUCAGCAACGACACAAUCAGAUCAGGAUUAUCACUAUCUUGGAGACUGGGGACCAGAGUUUAAAAAGUUAGCUGAACUCUAUGGAGAAAUAGAAUCUGAAAGAACAACUUAGGGGGUCAAUUCUUGCAACCUUGUAGAAUUUGCUUCCUGAGCAAGUGGAGAUAUAACCUCAGCAAUGACAAGGAAGAAGUGUGAAAACAGUACUUGGAACUGGGCAAGCUGUACACAGCUCCUUUAGAAACAAGUGCCCUUUUCAUCAUCGAAACUGGGUUAUUUCAUUGGAAGAAAGUCAAAUCUGAACAAACUAACAAAAAUACAGAGAAAAAGCUAUUGUUCCUUGUGUAUAUUUUCAAUUGCUCAAUAAAGUCUGUGGUACUGUUUAAUUAAGAAUAUCUGAAUUAAGCCAAACGAUGAUAUUUGUUUUAAUAUUUUGUGAUUUAUUUUUCAAAAGCAAAACUGAACAAAAAGGCCCAAGAUCACUGGUGACUAUGAUUUAUAGGGGUGGCACACUGAGAAACGAAACCUGUGAAGGUAAUCAUGACCUCUUUUUUCCACUUUUCUGGGUGGACCCUUGAGACCACACUCUGUUAUUGCGACAGAUCCCAUUAGCCUUGUCUUGUGUUUAAAUUGCAUAAGGUAGUUCCAAUGUACCAGGCCACUCUGUCAUGGACUUGUAUGUACCAUUUCCCUUUGCCCUCCCCACUUUUUUUCUCCACACAAAACUGAUGGAGCAUGGGGAUUUGCUGCCUGCACUAUAAUGUAUGCAACUUCGGUGCACCCAUUGUGCACUGUACUGAGCACGAGACGACUGUCUCAACCCCGUCUGCCCCCGCCCCUUUAUUUUAAGCAGGAGAUACCCUUUUGUAAAUGGGGUGAAAGAAUGGUUUAAAGUAUAUUCCGAAAAUCUGACAUGUCAGGAAAUGAUUUAAUUUAAAAAAUAGCCACACACCUAUUCUGUAGCAAAUGUCGGGGAACUUUAUUCUUUUUUCCAUUUGUUUUAGUACAUGUAAAUUGGGGAUUUUUAUCAUUCCUGCACCUAAAAUUAACUGUCAAAAAUUUUGUCACUUGGUUUGUGGUUUGGUUCAGCAUAAUGCUCUUAUUUUCCUCAUAAGCAGUCAUCAAAAAUAUGACACAAUAACAAUGUAGUCUGAAAAGACUAUCCUCCAAUUCACAUAAACUUCAUAGAUUCAGGAUUGUUUUACUUGUGUUCCUCAUAGACGUUCACACUUUAUCUCAUGGUCUGAUUAGUUCUUACAUGCUUAGUAUCUUACAGGAGAAUGUAUAGGGCUAGGAGAAAAAUACAAAAGAAAGAGGAGAGUCACACUUACUCUCCUUUGAUAUGUCCCCACAAGUCUCUGAGCUUCAGGGCCCAAAUCUGCAAAACAGACAUGGUAAUGACUUCCCUGCCUACCUCACAGGGUUGUUGUGAGGAUUAAAUGAACAUCUGUAACAAUGCUUUGCCAAUUGCAAAGUAUUCUCUUAUGUAAAGGCUUGCAGACUCUUAUCUAAUUUUCUAGUUCCAUUAGCUUAUAAAUAUAUAUUUACAUACAUUUUGCAUAAAAUAUUAUCAUUGGAGAAGUUCAUGAAACCUUCAAGAGUGAAGCAACUGUUUAAAUAUAUAGUAUAUAAGUCUAAUUAUUUUAAUAUUUUCAUAAAUAAGCUAAUUUUCUUAGUAUUUCUUGGGGCUUUUCUUUUCCAAAUUGUUUUAGAUAAUAUUUUGUUAUUGUUGCUCUUGACCUUGAAGUAAUAUUUCAUAGCAUAAUGGUCCUAUUCUCCAAAGAUAACCACAUCUAUGUAUUUCAGGUAAAUUGGAUUUUUUAAACAUGAUAUUAAGAAUGAUUUGAAGGGGAAGUUUUUCCAUUGCUCUUUAUAUUUAUGAUAACCUAGUGUCCCCAAAAGUUAUAUGACAUUUUUCUGUCUGAUUCUACCCAUGUGAAAAAUUUUGAGUUUUGCCUCUGUUUGCAACUGCCCUGUGCUAUCAUAUUACAAUUCUGAGGUAUGGGAAGUAAGUAAGUUUAAUUUGAAUAAUUCUCAAUUUGUGUUUUAAGCCUGAGGAAUAAAAUGUAAUUUAAGCUUUUUAC